AUGGCCGAGGGCGCUAUCCUCGGGCUCAAAGUAAAAGACACAAAGAUGACACGCGACCUCGAAGAGCAGAACCAAGACAUGGACCGCUUGCUCAUCAAUAAACCCGAACCUGAAUGGAUAGAAUCUUCUGUUAAUCCGCAGCAUAUGGCUAACCAUAUCGGACCAUGGAAAUCCAUGCCGUCACAGUAUAACAACAAGCUUAGGGAGUCUCGGGAACAAAAUGCACAGCUGAGACUUGAGAUGGAGAAACAGAAGAAAACUAUCGCCAAACUCAAAAAAAACCGCAGAGAAGGCGUGGCCGAAUUUGAAAAACACAUGUCAAGGACUGAAUCCAACGUCGAAAAAGAGACAAAGAAGAUCGCUGACCUCGAGUACCAAAAAAGAAUGCUGGUUCGUGAUCUUGAGGAACGGAAAAAGAAGAUUGCCGAUCUCGAGUGCGAAAAAAGAGAUAUGAUUCGUGAUUUCAAGGAGCAGAAAAAGCAGCUUGCCGAUCUCGAACGUGAACAAGGAAAUAUGGUCCAUCUCCUCGAGGAACAGACCAGAAUGACGUCUUCCUUGGAAAGGCGAAACGCAAAGAUGAAGGACGUCCUCGGUAAUAUUGCCAGCACAAUGUUCUCGGAGCUUGAGUACCAAGAAGAACUGAUCAGCGAGAUGAGACCAGACAAUGAGGAGUUUUUCCAACCAAGUCACCAAACCCUAGUGGAUUUGGUCGAAAACCUUGAGCAAUGGACAGCAGACGACAAGCGUUCAGAUAUGAUGUUCGAUCUUGAAGAGGAGCCGCAGUUUGAACAGACAUAUGCAGAAUUGUUGUCUCAAUUCAAUGAACAAGUAUGCAAGCUCGAUAUGCAGUCACAAAAGCUCGAUAUACAGAAAAGCAUGAUUGAUCAACAAGCAAGCACUAUGUCCGAACUCGAGGCGCAGAAGCGAAAAAUUGCUAGUGAUCUCGAGGAACAAAAUUGGAAGGUGGCUUUGUUCAUUGACUGGAUGGAACGUGUCAAAUUGACAAAUCCACUUCUUUACGACAUAACUUUCUCAACAAUAUAA